AUUUCUGCCAUCUGUGUCGGAUACCAAAGAUCUCGGACACUGGAAAACGUGUUUAUUUGUUACGGCACCUAGUCCGUCGUUGCUGCGAUGGCAGACAACUUGGUUUUGAUCCCAACCUGUGCUAUUGGCGGCUUGAUUAAUGAUGGCGUUUAUUUAUCGCUAGAAUAGAAAGGCUGUUCCUGUCUAACGCGCACAUGAGCAUGCUUUGGGCUUCAGGGUAAAUGAAGUUAAAUUGCUCUCCUCAGUCCCCGCGUUGACCGGGUUCUUGCCAUUUCCCGCGCUCGUUUAUUGUUGUAACACACAAACCGCUAGUGCUUGCCGGUGGUAAGCUGCGCGCCAGAGGGAGGGCGCGUCGAGAAUGUGGCGUUACAUACAGGCUGCUGCUGUCAGCUACGCUGCUCGCGAAAACUGUGGUGGUUUUGGUGACGGCUCAUUCAAAAUCCGCUCUUCUCUGUCCACCCCGGAGUGCAGCGGUAUACCCACUGUGCGUGCGUGCGGCUCUUUUCUGAAAAAUUCACAUGAACUGGAAAUCCCUUUUUCUGUGAGCGCGCGCGGAUUCUGGGCUCGGAAAGCUUUCGGAUUUUCACAUUCGGUGUUUCUUGUCCGGGGGUGUUCUCCUGGCCCCGAUAGUGGUGGUGGUUAGCGUACACAUACACUUCUCACAUUUCCGUUCCAGAAAACUCCUCUUUUUUUACAAACAAAAUGGCAGACCAGCUGACGGAGGAACAAAUUGCCGAGUUCAAGGAGGCUUUCAGCCUGUUCGACAAAGACGGCGAUGGGACCAUUACCACUAAGGAACUCGGCACCGUCAUGCGGUCCUUGGGCCAAAACCCGACAGAGGCAGAACUUCAGGAUAUGAUCAAUGAGGUCGAUGCUGAUGGAAAUGGCACAAUCGACUUCCCGGAGUUCCUUACUCUUAUGGCCCGGAAGAUGAAGGACACUGACACGGAAGAAGAGUUGAUUGAAGCAUUCAAGGUCUUCGAUCGAGAUGGUAACGGCUUCAUUAGCGCGGCCGAGCUGCGACACGUUAUGACAAACUUGGGAGAAAAGCUUACAGAUGAAGAAGUGGACGAGAUGAUCCGCGAAGCAGAUGUGGAUGGGGAUGGCCAGAUCAACUACGAGGAGUUCGUUAAAAUGAUGAUGGCAAAGUAAAAGGAUACUUUUCUUCGUUUUGAUUUUUUCCUGUCUUUGCGCUGUGUGCAAUCACGAAACUAUGUUCUUGAUUGUUGAUGAGAAGCUGGACAGCCGACUGAUAUGCCGCUCGGUUUUGUUUCUGUCCCCCAGAAUUUCUGUUUCCCACACAGCUCUGGCCCCGCCAGAAUCGGAUUCCCCAGUUUCUUCGAGAUACUGAUUAGACCUUAACUGUUCAUUUUUAAUCUCCUCUGUUCUUAAGAGAUCACAAUGGUUUGAACAUUUGAUUUUUCGGAGCGACUGCGCGACUUUUUUUGGGGAACAAGUGUCCAGAUGUGCUGGGCGCAUAGGAGACUUCUCAAGCACAGCUUCCAUCAAACGACAACACCUGAAGAUA